UGUCCAUGAUGAUGAAGAGUUAUCUGUCUGCGCUGCUGCUGCUGCUGCUCUGCUCUCUGUGUGGAGCACACAGCCUGGGUGAUGGAGAUAUGCAGGAGUCCAGCAGCCUGCAGCUGGGAGAUGGAGCAGGAGAGGGAGGCGUGAAUUAUGUAGAUAACUCCUGCCAACUAUUCAUCGGUCUGAGGGAUGAAGUCCGUGAGCUGAGAGAGACGGUGUCCACCCUGCGGAACCAACUAGCCGAGAGUGUGUCCACCCUCAGGAGCCAACUAGCAGAACAAAAGAGAAAAGAACAAGUGGCGUUUGGGGCUAUACUGGGUUCGAAUGGAAAUCAUGGUCCAUAUAACACUCAGGUUACUCUGGUGUAUAAGGAUGUGUUUGUCAAUGCUGGGAAUGCAUACAACCCAACAACAGGUAUCUUCACUGCACCAAUGAGAGGUGUCUACUCCUUCAGUUUCUCUGGUCAUAAUCAGUCCACUAGACCCAUGGGUCUCGCACUGUUCAAGAACGGCCAGCAAAUGGUGACGGUGUACAAUCAUGCUGCAGGUAAUCGCUAUGAGACUGCAACCAAUGGAAUGACCCUGCAGCUAGAGCUGGGCGACCACGUGUAUAUGCGGCUUUGGACAAACACAUGGAUUCAUGAUAACUCAGCGAACCUCAGCACUUUUAGUGGCCAUUUGCUGUUUCCACUGUAAGACAAUGUUUGUCUGUCUUAGUGCAGGUAGCACACCCAACAUAACAUAAGUUACAUUGAUAAAUGUUUUAAGAGCAAAGCCAUGGAAAUGUCCAUGCUUUGAUAGGACACACACACACACACGCACGCACGCACGCACGCACGCACACACACACACACACACACACACACACACACACACAAGCUAUUGAAGUAUUCCUCACUCACAAUAAUGACCUAACAUAAAAGUAGAGUAUGUGUUUGUAUAUUCAGUUGUAAAAUUGUUAAUGUUUGUUUUCAUAAAUGUCUUUGAGGGAAUUGAAUUUUGAAUAUAUAGGCCUGUUUUGCAUUGCUUAUAUUUUAUAUCAAUUAAAUUUUUGUUAUAUGCAGUCCUCCGUAAUCAGUCCACAGUUGUCACCUGAGUAUAUGUCAUUCCAUGUUAUUGUGUUGCUGAUCAGUUAAUAAACUAUAUUAAAAUAU